GCGUGGUUCCGCCCGUGGCGCAGCGGCUGCCGAGCGGCUGGGAGAAAGCUCGCCCGUUCGCCAUGAGGCCGCCCAAGGUGGUGCCGUGGUGGCGGUUCGCCAGGGUGUCCUUCGGCAUGUACACGGCUGAGGAGAUCAGGAAGCUGAGUGUGAAAGCCAUAACAGAUCCUCAGUAUUUGGAUAAUGUGGGCAAUCCUUCUGUCAACGGGCUGUACGACUUGGCCUUGGGACCUCCAGAUUCCAAAGAAGCCUGUGCAACGUGCAUGCAGAACUUCAGCAACUGCCCGGGUCAUUUUGGCCACAUAGAGCUGCCUCUGACUGUCUACAACCCUCUGUUUUUUGAUAAAUUAUACCUUCUAAUUCGAGGUUCUUGUUUGAACUGUCACAUGCUGACAUGUACCAGAGCUGUGAUUCACUUACUGCUAAGUCAGCUGAAGGUUCUGGAGAAUGGGUUGCUUCAUGCAGUCCAUGAUCUUGAAGUCGUCCUGAACAGGUUCUUAGAGCAAAGUGCAGAUGCAACAGCUCUAGAAAUUGAAGAAGAGUUAAACCGUCAUGUCCAUGAGAUAUUGCAAAGUCAAGAACCAAGCGAUCAGUGUUCAAAUGUAAAAAACGUUUGUGAGUGUAGAAAUAAACUGAUAGCACAGUUCUGGAAAGCACAUAUGACUUCAAAGCGAUGCCCAAACUGCAAAUCCAGAAGAUCACUGGUGCGAAAAGAGCAUAACAGCAAGCUGACAGUAACUUAUCCUUCCACAGUGUAUCGUAAGUCCGGAGAGAAAGGCACCGUGGAUGAGCCAGCAGCUAUUGAUGAAACCCAGUUAGGGAAGAGAGGGUACCUGACACCAAUGACUGCCAAGGAAUUCAUCAUGUCUCUGUGGAAGAAUGAAGGAUUCUUUUUGCGUUACCUCUUUCCUGGGAUGGAUUCCCAUCAGAGUUCAGGAUUUAGUCCAGAUAUGUUUUUUUUAGAUCUGCUUGUGGUUCCACCUUCGAGGUAUCGUCCUGUGAAUCGUAUUGGAGACCGGAUGUUUACGAAUGGUCAAACUGUCAACCUGCAGGCCGUCAUGAAAGAUGCCAAACUGAUACGGAAGCUCUUGGUUUUCAUGGCAAAAGAACAAUGUCAGCCAAUUAAAACUGUAGAAGGUGAAAUCCAAACAGAGACCGCUGAGAGUAAUGAACCUCUGGACCAUUCUGUCCUGGCAACAAUUCCAGGGCAGACCAUUGCAGAUAAGCUUUACAACACUUGGAUUCGUCUUCAGACUCACGUCAACAUUGUCUUUGACAGUGACAUGGACAAACUAAUGACUGAAAAAUACCCUGGUAUUCGUCAGCUAUUAGAGAAAAAGGAAGGACUCUUCCGCAAGCACAUGAUGGGAAAACGUGUGGAUUUUGCAGCUCGAUCAGUCAUUUGCCCUGAUAUGUACAUUGGCACCAAUGAGAUUGGCAUUCCCAUGGUAUUUGCUACCAAACUGACCUACCCUCAGCCGGUCACUCCCUGGAAUGUCAAAGAGCUGCGGCAAGCUGUCAUAAACGGCCCGAAGGUUCACCCUGGGGCCUCCAUGGUCAUUAACGAGGACGGGUCUCGUACGGUGCUGAGUGCCAGCAGCCUGACCCAGAGGGAAGCCAUAGCUAAGCAGCUUCUCACCCCUUCCUCAGGUGCACCCCCGACAGGACUGAAGAUUGUUUGUCGUCACAUUAAAACUGGAGAUGUGCUCUUACUGAACCGCCAGCCCACUCUUCACAGACCCUCCAUCCAAGCUCACCGGGCCAGAAUCCUGCCUGGAGAAAAAGUGCUGAGGCUUCACUAUGCCAACUGCAAGGCUUACAACGCUGAUUUUGACGGUGACGAAAUGAAUGCCCAUUUUCCACAAAGUGAGCUGGGUAGAGCAGAGGCCUACACUUUAGCCUUUACUGAUGAACAGUAUCUAGUUCCAAAGGAUGGCAAGCCGCUUCCAGGACUGAUCCAGGAUCACAUGAUUUCUGGAGUCAGCAUGACAACCCGGGGCUGCUUCUUCACAAGAGAGCAAUACAUGGAGCUUGUUUACCGGGGACUGACAGACAAAAAAGGAAGAAUUCAAGUAUUUCCUCCUGCCAUUAUGAAACCACAACGACUAUGGACAGGAAAGCAGGUUGUUUCUACGUUGCUAAUAAACAUAAUUCCAGAAAACCAUGUCCCACUGAACUUGACUGGAAAAGCUAAGAUUGGUGGAAGAGCCUGGAUAAAGGGACCUGCAAACAGAUGUCUAAACCUUGAUUCAAUGUGUGAAUCACAGGUUAUUAUUAGAAAUGGAGAAUUGCUUUGCGGCGUGUUGGACAAAGCUCACUUUGGCAGCUCUGCCUAUGGCCUGGUCCACUGUUGCUAUGAAAUCUAUGGGGGUGAAACUAGUGGGAAGGUGCUAACUUGUCUGGGACGCCUCUUUACUGCUUAUCUGCAGCUCUACAGGGGAUUUACAAUGGGGAUUGAAGAUAUCUUGGUUAAACCUGAAGCAGACCAGAAAAGACAAAAAAUCAUCGAAAAAUCAAACCAGCAUGGUAUCGAAGCUGUUAGGGCUGCUCUUAAUUUGCCAGAAGCAACAUCAUGUGAGGAGGUCCAAGGGAAAUGGCAGGAUGCCCAUCUCUGCAAAGACCAGAGGGAUUUUAACAUGGUUGAUCUGAAAUUCAAGGAGGAAGUAAACAAUUACAACAAUGAAGUUAACAAGGUUUGUAUGCCCCUUGGUCUGCACAGGAGCUUUCCGGAGAACAAUUUGCAAUUGAUGGUACAGUCAGGAGCCAAAGGGUCCACUGUAAAUACAGUGCAGAUUUCUUGUUUGCUGGGCCAGAUUGAGCUGGAAGGUCGAAGACCCCCGCUGAUGGCAUCUGGCAAGUCUCUGCCGUGUUUCCAACCUUACGAUUUCUCCCCUAGCUCAGGAGGGUUUGUUACUGGCAGAUUUCUCACUGGAAUCAAACCAUCUGAAUUCUUCUUUCACUGCAUGGCUGGCAGGGAAGGUCUUGUGGAUACAGCUGUCAAAACCAGCCGUUCUGGGUACCUGCAAAGGUGUAUCAUAAAACAUCUGGAAGGACUGGUGGUUCAGUAUGACCUGACUGUCCGUGAUAGCGAUGGCAGUGUUGUGCAGUUUCUGUAUGGAGAAGACGGCCUUGAUAUCCCUAAAACUCAGUUCUUACAGCCUGAGCAGUUUCCUUUCAUUGCUGAAAACUAUGAGGUGAUCCAGAAGACAAACCAUCUGGAUGAAGCUUUAGCAAGGAUGGAGUCUAACCAAGCUAACCAGCAGUUCAAAGCCAUCAGGAAGUGGCAAGCCAGGCACCAGAACCCUGUGCAAAGAGAAGGAGGUUUUCUGAUGUUUUCCCAGAAGAAAAUGGCAAGUGUAAAAGCACAGAUGCCAGGGGGAGAAAGCAAAAAUGGAAGAGAUCCUGCUACUUUACAGUUAUUGAAGAUGUGGUAUGAACUAGAUGAGAAGAAGCGAAGAAAGUAUCAAAAGAAGACAAAUAAGUGUCCUGACCCCAGUCUUGCAGUUUGGCGUCCAGAUACACAUUUUGCAUCUGUUUCGGAAACGUUUGAAAAUGGAGUCAGAGAUUAUAUCAAGAAAUGGGAAUGUGAGAACAGAGGAAAUUGCAUGCAUCCAGCACUUUCUUCUGAUAGAUUAAAGGAUCUGUUGUAUUUAAAGUGGCAACGAUCUCUUUGUGACCCAGGAGAAGCUGUGGGUCUUCUUGCAGCUCAGAGUAUUGGGGAACCUUCCACACAGAUGACUCUGAACACCUUCCAUUUUGCUGGCAGAGGUGAAAUGAAUGUGACUUUAGGUAUUCCAAGGUUGCGGGAAAUACUGAUGGUAGCCAGUGCAAAUAUUAAAACACCAACAAUGAGCGUUCCUGUGCUUAAUACCAAGAAAGCUCACAAGAAGGUGAAGCAGCUUAAGAAACAGCUCACAAGAGUGAGCUUAGCUGAGGUUUUGCAGAAAGUUGAGUUAGAGGAAUGCCUGCGUGUGAAGAGCAAGCAGGACAGGCAUCGCCUCUACAAAAUCAAAUUCCAUUUCUUGCCCCAUGAGUAUUACCGAGAGGAGAAAUGUGUGAAGCCCAGGGACAUCUUGCACUUCAUGGAAACAAGAUUCUUUAAAAUUGUCCUGGAAACAAUUAAACGGAAGAAUGCAAAGAUGGCAUCUUUUACUGAAGUCAGUACACGGAAAGCAACUCGGAAGGAUUUGGAUGGUGACGGAGACAAGGCACAAAAUAGUCAGGAAGCUCCAGAAGAAGAAGAGAAAAUUGUUGAUGCAGAAGCUGAUGAAGGGGAUGGUGAUGCUACAGAAGCAAAACGGAGGAAGAACCAGGAAGAAGAGGUUGAUUAUGAGAGUGAGGAAGAGAAUGCGGAAGAAAAUGUUGCUGAGAAUCCAGAAGAUGAAGAGGCUGAAUCAGAAAAAGAAGAGAGGGCUCAAGGUGCUGAUGAAGGAGAUCAGAAUGGAGCAGAUGGUGAUGAUCCUCAACAUCUUUCCUUUAUGCCUCAGACUAAAAAAGAGAGAAAUCUGUUACUCAAGUCAGCUGAGCUGCGAAUAAAUGCUGUUCUGAACAGUCACCCGUCAAUACAGGAUUACACGUUUGACACUGAAAAUGAACUUUGGUGUGAGGUUUCGUUGACACUUCCAUUGAUGAAGGUGUACUUCGAUCUCUCCUCUUUGCUUCUGUCUCUGGCACGAAACACGGUCAUCCAUGAAGUGAAGGGGAUCACCCGGUGCUUGUUGAAUGAAAGUACCAAUAAGCAAGGAGAGAAAGAACUCAUUCUGCAUACUGAAGGAAUAAAUCUUGCAGAGCUGUUCAGAUACUCUGAUAUUUUGGACCUGAACAGACUUUAUUCCAAUGAUAUUCAUGCCAUGGCUAAGCAUUACGGUAUUGAGUCUGCCCUGAGGGUCCUUAUAAAGGAAAUCAAAGAUGUGUUUGCUGUAUAUGGCAUUGUGGUAGACCCUCGUCACCUUUCACUUGUGGCAGAUUACAUGUGUUUUGAAGGAGUUUAUAAACCGCUGAAUCGUUUUGGAAUCCAGUCCAGCUCCUCCCCUCUGCAACAGAUGACGUUUGAAACCAGUUACAAAUUCUUGAAGGAAGCAACAAUGAUGGGUGCUUACGACGAGCUGAGAUCGCCUUCUGCGUGCCUGGUGCUUGGAAAAGUUGUUAAAGGAGGGACUGGUUUGUUUGACCUCAAGCAACCGCUUACGUAGUGUUUUGCCUAUAACUUAAGGAUUCUGUUUGAAGUAUUCACUGUAAGGUGCAUGUGUAUAUCUGUGCCUGCAGUGUGUGUAACGAGUGCACACACUGUGUUUCCAGUUGUCUUCCCUGUGCCAACAGCUGCGUUGAUCUGGCUACCUGAUGGACCUAAUCUAAUUAAUGGAAAUGUUUGCACCUAUAGGAGCUGUCCUUUGGCCCAAAGAAACAUUUAUUUACUGAUCGUUAAGGUAAAAAAUGGGAUUAUUGGCUUACGUGGAAAAGAAUAAGAUGAAAUAGGCUGGCUGGGUUUCAGACAGGCUACGCAACAGCCUUGGCAGGCAGAAAUCAGAGUAGAAUCUGUUUAUGCCAUCUGAAUUCUGUGGGGCAGAAUUCCAUCUGGGUGAGCGGUGCCAGUUGCCACGUGGUUGUGAUACAGAUUUCUUUGUUAGCCAAAGACAUGAAUUCAGAACUUUCCUGGGUUCUCCACGUAUCUUCCGAUGUCUGCCCUUGCAGCUUCUUUGUACGGAACAGAUCCUGGCACAGCGAGAAGCGAGACGUUUGUAAAGGUUUUAAUCCUUAAAUGGCAGCGUGAGCAGCUGUGACAGUGACUGAACAAAACAGUCCUGUAAGAAUUACUUAAAACAGAGUUUUCAAACUAUUUUUGCGUAAAGUUUUAUAUCAAAAAGGAUACUUAAUAAAAGACGUUACAAAGAAAUAUUGUAGACGCGCUGUUCUGUGACCGUGUUACCGAGAGAAUUUUGUCACGCGGCCAACAGCCAUCGCUUUGAUGUCUGCUAAAUAGCCGGGAGCUAUUAUCUGCUCUUCAGAAAUCAGACUUUCUUGCUUGUACAUGUGUUUUAAAUCAGACUGAAAUGUUAAAAUUCUAUGGAGUUUGC